CUAAAGCUGAGAAAUUUGAAUUGGGUUAUAGCCAAAUUUGAAGAUUUUAAUUACCUGGUGCGCGUCAUUCCAAGACCAAGGAGCAGAAGGGCGCCCGGCCAUUGUUGUUGGAAGCCAGAAAGGCUGGUGCUUUCAAAACGUUUCUGUUUGGUUUGAGGGAAAUUGCAGGAUUUUGCGUCAAGUUCGAUGAAAUGAGAAGGAAAAUAUAUGGAUGGGAUGGAAAUGAGAAGAGGCAGUUAUGCGGUUGUUUUUGGGAUUCUGCUUUGUGCAUUGGUGAUAGGGGCCUCCGAGGGGGUGAGGAGGACAAAGGAAACAUUUAUAGGCAAUGGAGGUGGUUGGUUUACGCAGGAGAUAGACGAAGACAUGGCAGAGGAGGCAUGGGUACAUUGCAGGAAAGAACUGAUAGAUGGCAAAGAUGUUGUCGAAAACUUUAACUUGUAUAUCCCACAGGAGGCGACCAGUGACUCUGAAACAAUGUUCUUAACAAAAAGCAACAUACAUAAUGCAAUUUUAGUUCUUCCUCCUCACGUGAAACAAACACUUUUUGAUUGCUUAAGAAAGAAAGGGCUUCUGUUUCGUCCUUCUGGCAAAAAGGCUAGCUCCAAGAACUGGUUCAUCGACUACUUAGAGUGCCUUUUAAGUUGGCCUCAUUCUCCUAGGAGAUAUUUGGCCGGUGAUUCACAUAGGCCAAUGGAACUGACUCCUGCUCCUGACCUAGCUCCAGGGCCUGCUCCUGAUCUAGCUUCAGGGCCUGCUCCUGAUCUAGCUCCAGAGACUGCUCCGGUUCUAGCUCCAAGCCCUUCUCCGCUUCUAGCUCCAGGCCCUGCAGCUAAGUUGCCUAGACAACAAGCACCUUCUCCUUCGCCUUCUAAACAUAUCCAUACUACUUUUCGUGCUAGUCCAAAUCCACCACCAAAGGAUCCCUCAUCCAAAAAGAAAAAUCCACCAUCAAAGGAACCCUCACCAAAAAAGAAAAAUCAACCACCGAAGAAUCCCUCACCGAAAAAGAAAAGUCCACCAUCAAAGGAAUCAAAAACUGAAAAGCCUCCUGCAAAGGAUAAUAGCAGUCUGAUCAAACUAAUUGCUAUUGCUGGAACUGCAGUAGUUACACUUAUCAUUCUUGCGCUUCUCUGUUUUUGCUGUCUUAAGAAAAGGAGAAGCAGAAAAGUUGGUCCAAGAAAUGGACAAAAUGAUGACAGGCCUCUUCUCACAUUGUCUGCUGGCUCUUCACAGAAGUCUACUGGUUUAGAAAAUUCCAAUAACAAAGAGUUCAGCACUAGCGGAGAUUUUGUAAACAAUAUGCCCAUGAAAACUGAAAAUGAACCUACGCUGGGUGAGGCAAGUACAUCAGAAAGCACAGCAGGAGGGCCAUUGCCUCCCCUAAAACCUCCCCCUGGAAGACCAGCUCCUCCGCCUCCUGGACCACCACCACCACCUCCUCCUCGUCCUCGUGCCCCACCACCUCCAAAAGUUGCACCUCCACCAAAGCCAUUGCCUGGUAAGAUCCAACGUCCACCUUUAGGACCACAUCGCAAAGGAAACGGUGUUGAUGGUGAUGUUGAUGGUGAGUCUGGAUCUCAAAAAGCCAAGUUAAAGCCAUUCUUCUGGGAUAAGGUUGUUGCCAAUUCUGAUCAAUCAAUGGUCUGGCAUGAGAUCAGUGCAGGAUCAUUUCAAUUCAAUGAGGAGCAGAUAGAGUCUCUAUUUGGUUAUAAUGCUGCGGAUAAAGCCAAAAAUGAUCGCAGGAAGGAAGCAUCAUCCUUAGAACCUGCAAUCCAGUAUAUUCAAAUUAUUGACAGAAAGAAAGCACAAAAUCUAUCAAUUCUUCUACGAGCAUUGAAUGUGACCGCGGAAGAAGUUUCUGAUGCCCUCCAAGAAGGUAAUGAACUUCCUUUGGAGCUUCUCCAGACCUUGUUGAAGAUGGCGCCGACUGCUGAAGAAGAACUGAAGCUUAGGUUAUACACCGGCGAUAUUGCUCAACUUGGCCCUGCAGAGAGGUUCCUCAAAGCCAUGGUUGACAUACCAUUUGCUUUUAAGCGCAUAGAGUCACUGGUGUUCAUGUGUUCCCUCCCAGAAGAGGUCACUACCACCAAAGAAUCCUUUGUAACUUUAGAGGUUGCUUGCAACAAACUCAGAAAGAGCAGGCUGUUCCUAAAACUUUUAGAAGCAGUUCUGAAAACUGGAAACCGCAUGAAUGAUGGUACCUACCGUGGUGGUGCGCAGGCAUUUAGGCUUGAUACACUCUUAAAACUGGCUGAUGUAAAAGGCACUGAUGGCAAGACCACACUCUUGCACUUUGUUGUUCAAGAGAUCAUCCGUUCUGAGGGCCGAAGAGCUGUCCGCACAGCCAGAGCAAGCCGGAGCAUGUCCAAUUUGAGUGCAGAGGAUUUAGCUGAGGAUGUCAAUGAGGAAUCAGAAGAGCAUUAUUGUAGCCUCGGUCUUCAAGUUGUCUCCGGUUUAAGCGAUGAACUUCAAGAUGUGAGGAAGGCAGCUCUUGUAGAUGCUGAUGGCCUAACGUCAACAGUAGGAGUUCUUGGCCAUUCACUAAUAAAAACGCGAAAUUUUAUAAAUGUUGAGAUGAAGAAUCUGGACGAAGACAGUGAGUUCCAACGUACGCUAGCCAGUUUUGUGGAGCGUGCAGAAUCUGACAUAACAUGGCUGUUGGAAGAAGAAAAGAGGAUAACUGCUCUUGUGAAGAGCACAGCGGAUUACUUCCACGGGAAUGCAGGGAAGGAGGAAGGCAUUCGUUUGUUUGUGAUUGUACGAGAUUUCUUGGUAAUUCUAAACAAGGUAUGCACGGAGGUUCGAAAUUCAGCAAUGAAGUCAGCAAAGACUGCCAAGAAAGAGACCCCCAUAGAGGCAGCUUCAGAAAACCGCCAGCCGGCUACAGAUAUGCGUCAGCGACUGUUUCCAGCAAUUGCAGAACGGCGAGUGGAGGAUGGUUUCAGUUCAGAUGAUGAGGCCUAGCUUUUCAUUUAGAAUAGGUAUACGGGAGCUCUGGCUUGGAAGCGUAUUGUUUUCCUCUCUGGUUUGGUAAUCCGAAACGAAUGGAAGAAUUUCAAUCACCUAUUACUUAUUCUUUGGUUGUGUUUUCAAGGAAAUCAAAGGUUACCCUUGAGUCAAGUAAGGCGAUAGUGCUGAAAACAUGUGUGCAGAAUGAAAUUGGCCUUCAAAUCAUAUUGGGAUUUAUAAGACAAUGUUUGUGGAAGUAGCUAUAGUAAAUCUUUUAUUAUGUUCAAA